UUGGAGGUGGUGUCUGGGUCUCUGCUCAGAGCUGCAAGAGUUUUCCGAGAUUUGUUGAAGAGUGGCGCUGUCAGGAGGAGGAGCGUGAGGAAGAGAGCGUGGUGCCAGAGGGCGAUGAGGUGGAGGAAGUUGAAGUAAGGCGACGACGGGGAGGAUUACAGGGAGGCGGCAAGGAGGACGGAUCUGAAGCCGAGGAAGACAGCUGAGGCGUCCGGGUCAAGGGGUCACCAUUGGAGCCUCAUUUCAUAUCACCAUCUCCAUCGGCUGGCAGUGUGCAUCAUCAGAGCGUUCAUCACAAAAUCCUCCAUCACCAGAAAUUCCAUCACCCAGAGACCCCCUUAUCAUCAGCACCUCCAUUAAAACAUCCAUCACCAGAAAUUCCAUCGCCAAAUCCUCUAUCUUCAAAUCAUCAAUCACCAAAAACAUCUCCAUGACCAGAAGUUAUUUUUGCCAGACCUCCAUCACUAAAUCUUAUAUCACUUGUCUGACAUUCUAUCAUCAGACUCUCUGCCACUUAACCCGCAUCCCCACAUAAUCAUCAUCAUCAUCAUAUCCUCAUCAUCACCAUCAUCACAUCACAGAUGGCCAUGAGGAGCCCCAUCACCAUGGACGGCAGUUUCAGCACCUUCCUACAGGAUCUCACUCCGAGCUGCUCACCGGAAACCGCUCUCGAUUCUCCGCUCUCUCUGCUGCUGGCCACGUGCCAUCGCAUUACUCCGCACGACCACAACAAACAACAGCAGCGACAUCAGCGGCAUCAGCGAGGCAACAAUGAAUAUAUUGGCCAACACAAAGACGACGACGACGACGCUGGCGGUGGUGGCAGUGGCGGUGAUGUUGGGGCCUUCUCAGCCUCCAAGACGGACAUCUGCCUGCCAGGCCGGCACCUGACAAUGACGCCUCCGGCCGAGCCGGCCGCGAGCGGUCCUGCGGCCACGCAGGCCCUGGGGUACGCCGCUUGCGCCCUUGGCUACCAGCGGCAAUGGCACUGGCAGGGCGUCGGGGCUGGCGCUGCAGCCGUGGUGCCACGAAUUGACCGCCUGUUGUACGCGCAGCCGCCGCCUCCGCACCAGCACUUGGGCAUCUUUGACGAGACUGGGUUUUGUUGGGGUACAAAUGGUGCUUAUUACAACCACCACCAUCAGCAGCAGCAAAAUCUUAAUUACGAUCAUCAAACUCAACAGCCAAGUCAGAAUCAGCUGCAUCAUUAUCAUCUGCAGCAGCAACAGCAAAUUAUUCCAUCGCAGCGGGCAUUUUCACUGGAGCAACCAAACUUGCUGGUGCCACUCGGCCAAUUUCACCUGCAGCUCCUUCACGAUGGGAGCAACAAUAGCGCAGCUGCUGCUGCUGCUGCUGACGCCAGCAGCAUCAGCAGCAGCAUCAGCAGCCAUCCUCCUCCUCUCCUGCCGCUAGCGCAACCCUCAACACGCCGUUGUCAUCGCUGCCGGUGCCCCAACUGCCAGCUGCGUCCGGACCAGCAGCAGCAGCAGUUGCAGCAUUACGGAGGUUACGACACCGCCAGCAACACCGCUACCAUCAGCAGCAGCAGCAGCAGCAGGAGGCAGCACACGUGCCACGUGUCGGGCUGCGGCAAGGCGUACGGCAAGACGUCGCACCUGCGCGCCCACCUGCGCUGGCACGCGGGCGAGCGGCCGUACGCGUGCGCGUGGCCGCUGUGCGCGCGGCGUUUCACGCGCUCCGACGAGCUGCGGCGGCACGCGCGCACCCACACGGGCGAGCGCCGCUUCGCGUGCGUCGCGUGCGGGAAGCGCUUCGCGCGCAGCGACCACCUGGGCAAGCACGCGCGCACGCACCGCGAGGGCGGCGGUGAUGGAGGCGGUGGCGGGGGAGGGGGAGCUGGAACGGGUGAGCAGCAGCAGCAGCAGAAGAAGGGGAGAACACGAGAAGAGCGAGGCGUAGCGUUGGAAGUAGUAAAAGCAACUGUGGCAGGAGUUUGAGAGACAUUCACGGCCGUGAUUGUGUUUCUGAUAGAGCCGCCCCUCCCCGUACUAAACUAAAAACUUAUUUUUUUUUAUUUUGCCAGGUAAGAGCUCUACAGCUCUUUUUUUUUCUGAAGCGACCUGGCCACAAAUGAUAGCUCAACGAAGUCGCUUGCCACGUGGAAAUUUACGGCGGCCAAAUUGCUCUAAACACACGCCGCCCGGGGUGUCUCGGAGCGCCCUGUCUGAACACAUUUGAAAGGGGGAGCAACCCCCAGUGGCAGCUUGCCCUUUUACAAAGUGAACUCACCCAGAGACCGGCCUCCAAACAAGGGGCAUUAGUCCGCCGGUCGGGGGGGGGGGAUGAUUGCCGUGUGUAGGGGUCCAGAUUGAGUCAAGGUGCGAUGCCAUUUUCGUCCGAUUGCUCCGGUUGGUAACAGUGGCAGAAUCACCGGUGGCAGUAGAAGCAGCAGCAGUUGCAGCGGCAGAAUCACUGGUGGCACUAGAAGCAGCAGUAGCAGCAGUUGCAGCGGCAGAAUCACCGGUGGCACUAGAAGCAGAAGCAGCAACAACAGUUGCAGCGGCAGAAUCACCGGUGGCACUAGAAGCAGCAGAAGCAACAGCUGCAGCAGCAGAAUCACUGGUGGCACUAGAAGCAGCAGAAGCAACAACAGUUGCAGCAGCAGAAUCACAGGUGGCACUAGAAGCAGCAGAAGCAACAGUUGCAGCGGCAGAAUCACCGGUGGCACUAGAAGCAGCAGAAGCAGCAGCAGUUGCGGCGGUGGCAGAAGGAAGGCGAGUCGGACGGUAGCUGAAGACGAGUUCAGUUGCAGCAGUGGACCAAGUAGGAGUGGCGGAAGAAGUCAUAGGCAGAGGAAGGGAGCGAAUAAGUAGCCACCAGUGAUGGCCGAGGGAGUGAUAGCAGAAAGAGUGAGAGAAGCAAUAGUAGCUGGAGUAGUACCAUUAGUAGGAGGAACUGUAAAAUGAGAACAGCAUACAAAUUAUAAGUUAGAGGAGAGAGCAGAGUUAGCAGAAUACGUGAGCAGAAACAGGCACAGAAA